UUACUGGAAGAUGAUGUGAAUAUAUAAAAGAAAACUGACUUUAAUAUGCAUCAAAGUAAUCGCUAAUUCUGAACAUUUUCAUUAGACAAUUUUUUGUUAAUUACAAAGAAAAUUAAGAAAAGGGCAAAUGUACCAUUGGUCCAAUGUUUCCCAGGGUGAGGUUUCAAAUCCUGAAAAAGGAUUAGAGGGAAGUAUCGAAAAUAAUGUCGUCUAUGUCAAGCGAGAGUUCAAUGAGCACUUUACAGCCGAGCAUAACGAGGGUUGUAAAUUCACAAGUCGAACUGGGACUUUUACCAAUUGUCCUCGCCACCCUGAUUGUUUUUAUUCUUUCAAUUAUUACUGUAGGAUGUAACUCAAUAAUACUCGCCGCAUUCUACAGAUAUAAGCGACUUAGGACUGCCUCUAAUUGCCUCCUCGUAUCUCUUGCGGUUAGUGACUUUGGGGUUGGCGUAUUCAUGCCAUUUGGUACAUACCUCGAGCUUUCGGAUGUCUCGAAAAGUGAGACGGGAACACGAGCGAUGGCUUCCUCGUUGAGCCUUUGCGUCGUGCCCUAUUGCAUCCUUAUUGCUCUCUGCAGCGUGAGUGUAUUGGUUACGGUGGCAAUUGCCGUCGAUCGAUUAACCUCGCUUGCCCAGCCUCUUAGAUAUAAAAAUAUUAUUACUCAUAGUAGUAUCGAGAAGUACAUCGCGAUGUUUUGGAUAUAUGCGACGGCAGUCGGUCUUUCGCCCCUCAUCUAUGCCAGAAUUGCCGAUGUUAGUCAGGUCUACAGCGGAAGUUGCCGCUUUAACGGCGUUAUAAUGCCGCCUGUGCGAAUCUUUCUAUUCUUGGCCGUGUGGGCUCCAAGCGCCUUUAUACUACUUGGCUGCUAUGUGUAUGUCUAUUUGGUGGCGCGAGCUCAUGCGCGCGCGAUCUAUACGGUCGAACUGUCUUUUCGAAAUCAGACGCAGACUUUGGUUUUGCCACGGUAUGGCCAGACUCUUGCCGUGACCGUUGGUGCAUUCUUCAUAUUAUGGGUACCAUUCCAGAUUUGCAUGCUACUGGAUAUUUUUUGUGGUACAAAUAUCCUUUCGGACUGCACCGUUUGGUUGGGUCUGCCGAUCCUUGCCCACAGCGGUACAAAUCCAUGGAUUUAUGCAUUUCAUCACGGUGAAAUGCGCAUCGCUGCGAGCAAAAUUACCGAGGAUAUAGUGACGUUAUUCGGUGUAAUGCCAAGCAGAUAUGGUUGCUCGCCAACGAGAAGAGGAUCAAAUACCAAUCUCGAAUUGGCUGAAGUGAUUAAUAGUAACGCAGAACGGCGAUUACCUAUUGAAAAUUGCUUCGCCGCCAAGCGCCAAAGUAUCAUAUAUUCAAGUAAGCGAUGUCUUGAAGUAUCUAGCAAAAAUGCAGAUAUUUCGCCAGAAAGUAUGAAUAGGGGAUCUUCGUUCAAAAGUUAUAAACAAUUGAAUAUUGUAGAAGAAGAUAUCCAUGAUCUCACAAAAAUGCUAGAUCCAAAGUACAUCAUUAACCGAAAUCAUGUUAUCAAUUCGAAUCAUAAUAUUGACAAAAUUAAAAAUUUUAAAUAUUUGUUAGAUCCAACAUUCAAUAAGAUUCGGCAUCUUAGAAGACUCAAUCAUAAAAGAUUAGCUUGUAAGAAUAUUGCCCGAAUCCACCAGUCUCGUUUUAUAUCAUAUCAAAAUUUAAAAGCAGAUGGAAUUUUAACAAAAAAGGCUGCGAUACAUUUAAAUACAAUGUCUGAUCCAAUGCUAAGUAUCGAUAGUCCUAUUGUUAAUAAAAAAUCAAUUAAUGACGUUAUUUUUAAGCAUCCCCGUAUGUUCGGAAAAAAAUCAUCGACUAUUUUAUCAUUUUCCGAUUCGAACAUCAAGGAUUCUGUAAAAAAUUCUGAUCAUAAUUUGAGAAUCUUUUCCACGCAUAAGAAAUUAUUCGACAACCAGAGAUACUCUGUGCAGAACAUAGAUAAACGGUACAAUGAUCAUGGGAUCAUAAGGAAUAUUGUACAAAAUCAAUAUAUAGAACGACACACCCGGCUUUUCUCCUGGACUCGUACACGUCAGAGAAUCGCUGCAAAGUAUUACGAAACAUUAAGUCCUACAUUAGACUUGAAACUCCAGCAAACAAGCUAUACUUCUCUUCCUACUCCAGAUGUAAUUAAGUCUAAUUCUAGAUUAAGUACUAAUCAAAGAACUUCUAUGAGACACUUAACAAUAAUACCAAAUAAAUUGGCGAAUCUGCUGUAUUCCGGGGAAUUAAAAUCGAUAAACUUAGAUCCAUCCAUGGAUUCAACGGUAAAAUUACUCCCCCCUUCUAAAGAUGUUGAUAUUUUAAAACAUUCAGAGUCAAUUAACUUAUUUUCUGGCUCGAUGAUUAGCUCAAAUGUACUAGAGCCUUCUCGAUUCACUAAUUUGCUAACCAUUCCGUCAAUACAUUCGGAGCCGCCAAGUCCAAUUGAUCCUCUACCCCUUGAUUCAUUACAAGAAGAAGACAACAGCACUUAUUCUGAAAACUUUGUUCACAGUGAUAAUCUAAAUAAUCCAUUAAUAUCACAAUUGACGCAAAAAAUUUUAAAAAGUCCUACAAGGCACUCCGAUCCAAUUAUUCCUUCCAUUUUAUUUAACAUUGAAGAUUGCAAUAUGAACGAAUCUCAUCAACAAAGUAUUAAUCCGAAUUUUUCGACAUUGGAAAAAUCUGAAUCAGCGAAUCAUUUAACAUUGUCCAAUUUACUCUUAAGUUGCAAUAAUUAUGACCAGUCUCAAGGGAAUAGCAGGCAUGUUAAUCCAAUAUUUUCAGAACACAAACCCACUAGAUUCAAUUCUAAAGAACCUUCGAAUUCUAAAUGGUCUGAGUCUUCCAGAAGUCAAGAAAUGCUAUCUAAUGUUAUAGAACAUUCGCAAUUUCCAUCAUCUUAUUCUGUAAAUAAUUUGCAAAUUUGCAAUAAUAUCAGUGAACUCAAUGAUAUAACCUGCUUGGAUCCCUUUGUUUACUCUGAUGCACUAAGCUCAUCUUUUCAUGAAUCUUUUUUCAGCGCUCCUUCAUUACCAGAGUCAGAAGAUAUAUUUACAUCCUUUGAGACAGAUGAACUUCCGUCAGAAACAAUUUUACCAAUAACACGGAGUUCUACAUCCAAUAUAAAUAUGGUAAAAUCCCCAGUAAAUUUAUAUCAUGACCCACAGCUAGAUAUGCAAAGUAAAUCGACCGAGUCAAUAUUCCGAUACAAAAACCAAAGUGAGAGAUUAUGUUCAAUACUUAAAUUAGAUGGAAACACAUACCAAAAUAGAUCAAAAAUAAAAUCUGUAACAUAUAAGAAUUCAAAAUUAACGCCAGUAAAUACGUCUAGCUCUCUAGAUAUUACUGUUGUAUCUGACAUACCGAGUGAAAGUAGCCUAAGUGUGAAAGUUUAA